UUGCGGGUCUUCGGCUCUGCCUGCUAUAAAAACACUAUUCCUUUAGACCUGUAUUCUCCAACAAUAUACAUUAAAGAAAGGCCAAGUUUUGUUUUCUGCAACUGCUAGGAUACUCCUAUAUGCUUUACAGAGGCAAAGUUUAUGCAAAUAUUUUGAAAAUUGUGCUUGCAUUUUCUUUUUCCACCUUUGCUUUCUUUCUAAAAUGUUGCUUCCUCAGUUAUGCUUUGGAAUCCCUGUAGCUGGCACCCCCUGGGAUUCGAACCCGGAUGUUUCAGUGCUAUAAUAAGUCCGUCACCGUCGAAUUGUUUUGUAGGAUUUUGAUCUUUCUGGAUCGAGGUGAUUUAGUUCAUGUUCUGGCUUCCCACUCGAUCUCAUUCCAAUUGAUUAUUUGGUUUGGUGGUUGUGCAUUUUGAGAUCCAUGGAGAAAAAGCCAUUCUACGCCUGGUCCAAAACAGUGGAGGAAUGUUUGGAAGAAUACGAUGUGAGUUUAGAAAAAGGUCUAAGCUUUCAAGAAGUUGAGAAACGCCGACAAAGAUAUGGGUGGAAUGAACUUCAGAAGGAAGAUGGCAAACCUUUGUGGAAGCUGGUUCUAGAACAAUUUGACGAUAGACUGGUUCAUAUACUGUUGGGGGCAGCUUUAGUUUCAUUCAUUCUUGCCUACUUGGAUAAAAAUGAGAUUGGGGAGGCAAGCAUGACAGCCUACGUGGAGCCUUUGGUAAUUCUCUUAAUUCUCAUGCUCAAUGCUAUUGUAGGAGUAUGGCAGGAGACUAAUGCUGAGAAGGCUUUAGAAGCCCUGAAAGAAAUGCAACCAGAGCAAGCAAAGGUCUUGAGAGAUGGAUUUAGUAUUCCCAAUUUUCCAGCUCGGCAACUUGUUCCUGGGGAUAUAGUUGAACUGGGGGUGGGAGAUAAGGUUCCUGCAGACAUGAGAAUUGCAUCCCUGAAGACAUCAACCUUGAGGAUGGAACAAAGCUCCCUCACUGGAGAGAGCCACCCUGUUAUCAAAAGCACAAAAGAGGUCCUUAUAGACGACUGUGAGUUGCAGGCUAAAAAAUGCAUGGUUUUUGCAGGAACCACUGUUGUCAAUGGUUGUUGUACUUGCAUUGUUGUUAGCAUUGGAAUGUCUACAGAGGUAGGAAAAAUUCAAGUACAAAUCCAGGAAGCUGCCCUUGAAGAUGAUGAUACACCUUUGAAAAAGAAACUAGAUGAAUUUGGGGAAAGUCUUACAAAAGCUAUUGGAUUUGUUUGUGUUCUAGUGUGGAUCAUCAGCUAUAAGAAUUUUCUCUCAUGGGAUGUUGUUGAUGGUUGGCCAAAGAAUAUCACAUUCUCAUUUGGGAAGUGUACCUAUUAUAUCAAGGUUGCUGUUGCUUUGGCUGUUGCUGCUAUUCCUGAAGGAUUGCCUGCUGUCAUUACUACUUGUUUGGCACUUGGGACUCGAAAGAUGGCAAAAAUGAAUGCCAUUGUGCGCAAGCUUCCUAGUGUUGAAACUCUGGGUUGUACAACAGUGAUUUGCUCUGACAAGACAGGCACACUUACAACAAAUCAGAUGUCUGUUACUCAAUUUGUAACCUUAGGUCAGAUCGUGAGUUCAGUUCAAGAAUUUCAUGUAGAAGGAACAACAUAUAACCCCACUGAUGGAAGCAUCUUAGAUUGGCCAGCAGAAACGAGUGCAAAUUUGGAAACUCUUGCGGAAAUUGCUGCAACUUGCAAUGAUGCAGGAAUUUCUUGUGAAGGUCACCAGUUCCGUGCUACAGGAAUGCCCACCGAAGCAGCUCUGAAGGUUUUCGUUGAAAAGAUGGGAAUGUCAGAUUUGAAGGCCUCAAACACUGGUAACACUGGCAAUUUAAUUGUUGAGAAUGGCAUAGUAAAAUUAGUUUAUUGCGAUCAGUUGAUAGAAAAAUCAAAGAGAUUGGCUUUAUUGGAGUUUGAUCGAAUCCGGAAAUCUAUGGGUGUUAUUGUUAGAGAUAUCUCUGGACAGAAUCGCCUCUUAGUGAAGGGUGCUAUGGAAAAUGUAUUGGAAAGAAGUGCUUUCCAACAAUUAGCAGAUGGAAGCAUAGUUGAAAUGGAUGAUGCAUCUAGAGAAUUACUCUUGACGAAGCUUCACCAAAUGAGUUCAAAGGCUUUGCGUUGUUUAGGCCUUGCAUACAAACAAGACUUGGGAGAGUUCAAUGAUUACGAUGGAGAGAAUCAUCCUGCUCAUAUAAAAUUGUUAGACCCAGCGAAUUAUUCUGAGAUAGAAAACAAUUUAAUCUUUGUUGGUCUUCUUGGAUUGAGAGAUUCUCCUCGUGAAGAAGUUCAUGAAGCAAUAAAAGAUUGUAGAGAAGCUGGUAUUCGAGUAAUGGUGAUUACUGGUGAUAACAAGUUCACAGCAGAAGCCAUCUGUCGGGAUAUUGGUAUAUUUUAUGAAACAGAGAAUCUUAGUGGGAAAAGUUAUACUGGAAAAGAAUUCAUGGAACUUCCUUUAAACAAGCGUCGUGAAGUUCUAGCAAAGCCUGGUGGUCGUGUUUUCUCUCGAGCAGAACCCAAGCACAAGCAAGAUAUAGUUCGCAUGCUUAAAGAAGCUGGCCAUGUUGUCGCCAUGACUGGAGAUGGUGUUAACGAUGCACCUGCUUUAAAGCUUGCAGACAUUGGAAUUGCCAUGGGAAUUGCUGGUACAGAGGUUGCGAAGGAAGCAUCAGAUAUGGUCUUGGCUGAUGAUAAUUUCAGCACCAUUGUUGCUGCUGUUUCAGAAGGUCGUUCAAUCUACAAUAACAUGAAAUCCUUUAUAAGGUACAUGAUAUCAUCAAACAUUGGUGAGGUAGCUUCUAUAUUUAUAACUGCUGCAUUAGGCAUGCCUGAUGGUUUGAUACCAGUGCAGCUUCUCUGGGUAAAUUUGGUCACAGAUGGUCCUCCUGCAACAACUCUUGGUUUCAAUCCUUCUGACAUAGAUAUCAUGCGAAAACCACCUCGAAAAAGCAAUGAUAGCCUCAUCAAUGCCUGGGUGUUUUUCCGCUACAUGGUCAUUGGUUUAUAUGUGGGGCUUGCAACGGUUGGUAUAUUUGCUUUGUGGUACACACAUGAUUCAUUUUUAGGGAUUGAUUUCUCUGCAGAUGGCCACACAUUAGUAACCUUUUCACAACUCACUUCAUGGGGUGAAUGUCCAUCUUGGGAAGGUUUUGAAGUUUCACCUUUUUUAGCUAGUGGGAGAAUUUUUUCAUUUGAUUCCAAUCCUUGUGAUUAUUUUUCAAGUGGAAAAGCAAAAGCAACAACUCUUUCUCUGUCUGUACUAGUGGCCAUUGAGUUGUUUAACUCACUCAAUGCUCUGUCUGAGAAUAAUAGUUUGCUCACCAUGCCACCUUGGAUAAAUCCUUGGCUAUUGUUGGCAAUGUCUGUUUCUUUUGGGCUCCAUGCUUUGAUCCUAUAUGUUCCAUUUCUUGCUAACAUUUUUGGCAUUGUACCCUUGAGCUUUAAUGAGUGGUGUUUAGUUAUAGUGGUUUCAUUUCCAGUGAUUCUGAUAGAUGAAGUUCUUAAAUUAAUCGGAAGGAGAAUAUCAAGAGUACACCAAAAGUACAAAACCGUUUAACAAACAAGGGGACACUUGUGAACUGUUUUGUUUCUUCUUUAGCUAUUACUAGUUGGGUGUCAUGAAGAAUUUGCAAGUUAUAUCAUCUCCACCAUAAUUUGUCAACUAUAAGUUUGUAAUUAUCAUAGUUACCUCUGUAAUACUUAAGAGGAAACCUAAUCCAUGACUAUGCAUGGGUUUCUAGUAACAAUAAGUUAAUGUAAAGAAAAGAAAAAUGUGUCAUUAUGAAA